AUGGCUGACCCUGUUAUCUCUCUUGUUAUUGAGAGAACUAGCGAUCUGCUGGUUCAAAAAAUUGUUUUCCUGAAAGGCGUUCGAAGACAAGUUGAUAGCCUCAAAAAUGAUCUGGUCCGGAUGCGAUGUUUCCUGAAAGAUGCUGAUCAGAGGCAAGAUGAAGAUGAGAGGAUUCGCAACUGGGUUUCUGAAAUCAGAGCUGCGGCCUACGAUGCGGAGGAUAUUAUUGAGAUAUUUGCCAACAAAGUUGAGUUCUUCACAAAGAACAAGGGACUCGUCACCAAAUUGACGCAUUAUCCCUUGAAAAUUGUGAACCUCUACAAGAUAGGUAAAGAGAUUGAAUCCUUACGGAUGAGGCUCAAGGAGAUUGCUGAUAGCCGCGAAGAGUAUGGUAUCAAAAAUCUUGGAGAGGGAACGAGAACACAUGGAGAAGAGCUUCAACGUAUCCGGCGAUCCUUUCCUCUCAGCGAGGACAAGGAUGUAGUGGGCUUCGGGGAGAUGACAAAAUCGCUGGUGGCAGAACUUUUGAAAGAGGACAAAAACCGCCGUCUGGUUUCAAUCGUCGGCAUGGGAGGUGCUGGUAAGACAACUCUAGCCAAGAAAGUUUAUAACCAUGCUGACGUCAGGGCAAGAUUCAACUGCCGUGCUUGGGUAUGCGUCUCUUCAAGCUACGAUCACAAAGAGACGCUGAGGGCAAUCAUAAAGCAGUUAAAUCCGAUAACUAACGAGCUACUUGACAUGUUGGAAAAGAUGCAGGAGCAGGACUUGGAAGAAAGGCUCUAUCAAGAUCUACAAGACAAAUGUUAUCUUGUGGUACUUGAUGAUGUAUGGAAGGAAGCAGCGUGGGAUUGUCUUGCUAGGGCCUUUCCUGAUGUUAAUACAUCAAGUAGAGUGGUACUUACGAGUCGCAAUCGGGAUGUGGCCCAACACGCAGAUGCUCUUAGCAAACCACAUGAGCUGAAAACUUUGGGGCAGAAAGACAGCUGGCAAUUGUUUCUCAAAAAGGCCUUAGGCCAUGGAGCUAAUGCUGGGUGUCCUCCCGAUUUGGAAGAAGUAGGCAGAGAGAUUACCAGAAGAUGUGGUGGUCUGCCGCUGGCCAUCACGGUUGUAGGUGGCCUGCUGCUGGCAAAGAAAAAGUUGAAGAGUGAAUGGGAGACAGUUCUCAACAACUUUAACACACACCUAUCAGGGGGCCAGAGUGGAGUAUCAGCAAUUCUGGAAUUAAGUUAUGCAGACCUUCCUGCCAAUCUGAAAUUUUGCUUUUUGUAUUUGGGUUUGUUUCCCGAAGACUCCGUGAUUUCUGUGCGCAAGUUGAUCCACAUGUGGGUUGCAGAGGGAAUAAUGCAAAAAAGAGAUGCAGUAAAUUUGGAGGAAACUGCAGCAUAUGAUGAUGUGGAACGACUUUGUAGCAGAAAUAUGGUCCAAGCGGCGGAAAUGACUGUUGAUGAAAGGAUUAAAAGCUGCAGAGUCCAUGAUUUACUGCGAGAGCUUGCAAUCAGAAAGGCAGAGGAUGAAAAUUUCUUUCAGAUCCAUGACACCAGAGAUAAUGAAAUAUCAGCCAAAUCCAGGUACCUUGCUGUUCAUGUUCUCCCUCUGGAAAAAAAUUAUUUUGGGUCUUCGACCCCUCCUCUCCGGUCUCUACUUUUUUCAAUAUCCGCCGCGGUUACGGGAAAGACAUUAGUCUUAGCUCCAAAAGUUUCAGAAAGCUUAGGAUAUUAGACUUUGAGAAUGUUGAGAUGGGUUAUAAUUUGCUAAAAGGAAUUGGUGAAGUUAGGCUUCUAAGGUACCUCAACGUAAAAGGUACAUUCAUUGGAAGCCUCCCUCAUUCCUUCGGUCGCUUGCGAAACCU